AUGUCGCCUAAUCCGUCCACCCUUUCCAACUUCUGUCUUCCAGAACUGGAGGAUGCCUUCAAGGUUCAGCUUCCGCUCCUGGUGGCCAGGAAAAAGAAGCCUGGCAACUUUCGCAAGCAGAACUUUGACCACCUGGAGGUGAGCUUCACGAGGAGCAAUCGGGGCAACAACCUUCUGACCAUCGACGGCAAACCCUUCACCCUCAACCGCCGGAUCAAGGAUGUCUGCUACUGGGAAUGCGUCAAGUUGCGCUGCAAGUACAUCAAGUGCUCUGCACGCGUGGUGACCAAGUCCAACCGGAUCUCAGCCCUGCGCGGGCUCCACAAUCAUCCAUAAGUUACGAAUUACCUGUGCCAUCUCAUUAGUCGAAUAAAAAUGUUUCCGUUAAGCAAAUAGUCAUAUUCCGCCUCCCCUGCCGUUGUAGUUUCUCUAGAGUCCUCAAGCGAAUAACAGGUCUUCUGAUUAAUCUCUCUCAAUUCUUGCAGCCUGCUUCCAGUUGGUGGCUAACCGCCGCGGCGGUAAGAACCUGAUCUUUCAGGGGC